GGAGAAGAGCUGCUGCUUUAUCAGAUCUGGGGUCAAAUCUCAUUAGAUUUCCAAAUAAUUCAAAACUUCAGGAAGAUAAAAGUAAAAAAUAGAUAUUGCAGAUAUUCUACUGAACAAUUCAAUAAGUGACUGUUUUCUGAUCACCUUUAAUAUCUCAGACAGCCUGGUUUAUUCUGAGGAUGUGAGUUUUUUAAUGACCGUGACAGACACCAGACGUUCUGCCUCCAGCCGGCAGGUGGCGGUAAACCUCCAAUUCACAAACGUCAAUAAAGCUUGAACCAGAAGAGGAAGAGCGUCGGACCUACCAGACGGCUCUCUGGAUGUUCGGAUCUGCCCUGCGAGCGCUUCAGAACAAAUGGAGGUCGUACCGACACCGGUUCGUGCCCUGGAUGGUUCUGAAUCUGUCCAGAAAUGAGAAGACUCUGCGGCAGGUGACGGAACGCUGCAAGGACAAGCUGGUCCCGGAUGUGGAGGUUUCUGAGAGUCUGCUGAGGCUCUUCACACUCCUCAGUCAUGGGGCUGAGCUCAGGCAGUUCCAGGGUGCACAGGUGACCAGAGAAGAAGAGCAACAUGGAGGAGACCCCCAGGAGGCCAUGCUGCAGUGUCUGGGCUUCUGCAUCGAGCGCCGGCCCAGUUCUCUGGAGCGGGCCGGAACCGGAGUGUUUGUCUCCAGAGGGUUGGUACCCAGAGGAGCCACCGUGGCCAUGUACCCGGGCACAGUGUACCAGCCCCACGAGCCCAUCCUGCUGCAGUCCAUCAGAAACCCCUUCGUGUUCAGGUGCAUCGACGGCGUCCUGGUCGAUGGAAACGACCGGAGCGUCUCCAGGAUGGUGUUCAGGUCCUGCAGCGGCAGGGACAGACUGGGUCCCUUCCUGACAAGCGACACCAGCUGGCUGACAGAAGCUCCUCUGAACCCCCUCGCCGUGGGUCAGUAUGUGAACAACUGCUCCAACGAGAGGCCGGCCAACGUCUGCUACCAGGAGUACGACGUGCCGGACGGGUUCCCCAUCGAGCUCCGCCGGUUCCUCCCCAACGUCAACUACAGCCUGGACACCCAGAGGCCUCUGCGCUGCGUGGUCCUGGUGUCGCUCAGAGACAUCAGCGCCGGGGAGGAGCUCUUCUCCAACUACUACACCAUCGUGCAUUAAGGGCAGCUCACACUCCAGCUGACAUCCAGACUGUAUCAUCAAUGUGUUUCAUGGUCAAACAUGAUGGUCGCUCUCUUUGUACUCUCAGGAACGCACCAGAAUAAAAUCAAAACAUCUCUUUCAUGGACCACAAA